AUGGCAGACAGAGACUGGAGAAAUCAAACAGUUGUCACAGAAUUCAACUUCCUGGGAUUUGGGGAUCUCCCUGACCUGCAAAUUCUACUCUUUGUGAUGUUUCUAGUGAUCUACAUCACAACCGUGAGUGGGAAUAUCAUCAUCAUUGCACUAGUUGUCACUGAUCAGCACCUUCACACCCCCAUGUACUUCUUCCUGGGGAACUUGUCCUGCUUGGAUACCUGCUACUCCUCAACCAUUCUGCCCCAGAUGCUGGCCAAUCUCCUGACUGGGGACAAAACCAUCUCAUUCAGUGGCUGCUUCACACAGCUAUAUUUCUUUUGUGCUCUGGCGGCUACAGAAUGCUAUCUCCUAGCAGCGAUGUCUUAUGAUCGGUAUUUAGCGAUAUGUAAACCCCUGCACUAUUCAGCUCUUAUGAAGACCAGAUUUUGCCUCCAGCUGGCUGCUGGGUCAUGGUUGAAUGGUUAUUUGGCUACUGCCAUAUUUGUAUUAUUCAUGUCUCAUUUAAUAUUCUGUGGCCCGAAUGAAAUUGACCAUUUCUAUUGUGAUCUCAUCCCAUUGAUAAAACUUUCCUGCAGUGGCACACACCUGAUCGUAUUGUUAGAUUUCGUACUGGCCUGUGUAUUCACCCUGCCUCCAUUCCUACUAACACUGACAUCCUAUGUGUGUAUCCUCACCACCAUCCUGAGAAUCCCUUCCAUCACUGGGAGGCAAAAGGCAUUUUCCACCUGCUCCUCUCACCUCAUUGUAGUGACGAUUUACUAUGGAACCCUAAUGGUUGUCUACAUGCUACCGAAACGCGACACAUUAAGCUUCCUCAACAAAGUGCUCUCUCUUUGCUACACAGUCCUGACUCCCCUGGUAAACCCCCUCAUCUAUAGCCUGAGAAACAGAGAGGUCAAGGAAGCCUUGAGCAAAGCAGUAAGUAAAUUUGUGGCUUUCACAAAAACAUGCAGAGAUUCCUAG